CACAUUAAAAUUUGAUGUCUGUAUUGAUUAUUUUUAAAAAAUUAAAAGCGUAUAAAUAUGAAAUUCUUAAAUGUGAGAGUACCUUUUCAUUAGAGAUUUCGGAUCUGAGUUUCCUAUGACCUGGUUUCUCUAAAUUCACUUUUAACCAAAAUAUUCUCCGUUAAAAUCAAUUUUGUGAAAAUCACGAUCGAGAAGUAUGUUGUUUAUCUUUUCAAUUAUGAAAUAGUUGAGUUUUCUGAACCUUGCCAAAUCAUUUCCUAUCUAGAAUAGACACGUGGCUUAUAUUUCCCAGAAAGAACAAAAUAAGGAGCUGUUUGGUUGCCACUGAAAAAUACACAAUUUGAUUUGCAGUGAAACAGAAAAAGAAAGAGAGUGAAAUGGGAGAGCUUUACGCGUUGGACUUCGAUGGAGUCAUCUGUGAUAGCUGCGGAGAAAGCUCUCUCUCUGCUCUCAAGGCUGCUAAAGUGAGAUGGCCUGGUUUGUUUGAUGGGAUUGAUUCAGCUACAGAAGAUUGGAUUGUUGACCAGAUGCAUAUAUUGUUCAUGUCAGGUGCGACCGGUAGUGGAAACUGGAUAUGAAAACAUUUUACUUGUGAGAUUGUUGCUAGAGACCAGAACACCUUCCAUCAGGAAGUCUUCGGUUGCAGAGGGGCUUGCAGUUGAAGGUAUAUUGGAGAAUUGGUCCAAGUUGAAGCCUAUUAUUAUGGAAGAAUGGGGUGAAAAUAAGGAUGCUUUGAUAGAUCUUUUUGGAAAGGUUAGAGAUGAAUGGUUGGAGCAGGAUUUUGCUGCUUGGAUUGGUGCAAACAGAAUAUAUCCCGGUGUUUCUGAUGCAUUAAAGUUUGCAAGCUCGAGGGUGUACAUUGUCACCACAAAACAGGGCCGCUUUGCCGAUGCUUUGCUUCGAGAGCUUGCUGGAGUAACCAUACCACCUGAAAGGAUAUACGGUCUCGGAACUGGCCCAAAGGUAGAAAUUCUAAAGCAGCUUCAAAAGAGACCAGAGCACCAAGGGUUAACACUGCACUUUGUCGAGGAUCGGCUAGCUACAUUAAAAAAUGUGAUCAAAGAUCCUGAGUUAGACAAAUGGAAUUUGUAUCUAGGGAACUGGGGUUACAACACUGCACAAGAGAAAGAGGAAGCUGAAGCUAUUUCCAGAAUUCGCGUUAUUGAGCUCUCAGACUUCAGCAAGAAGUUGAAAUAGGGGUCGUAAAUUGCAUUUUCAAUUGUCAAUCAUCGAACAACUAAAUAUUUUCUUCCAACUCCUUUAUAAACAAUAAAAAAAUUCUAGUGAACACACACUUUCUACUUAGAAAAUAGAAACUUCCUCCUCUUUUUUGGUCUUGUUAAACUGCAGUAAUUUGCAACUCUGUUAUAUGAAGUGAAUUUGUUAUAUCCUCACGUUUGGCCUUGUUACACAUGUAGUGUGCUGUUUUGUGCAGAAUACAAAAUGGUUGUCGUUUCUGAGUAUUGAAAUAAC